GCUCAUAAAACCUGUCAUUACUCAUUGGCCGUUCAGACCAGCUGAAAACUUUUACAAGUUUUUUUUAAGUAUUUCAAGUUGUCAAAAGAAAACGUCCAAGCAGGAUUAUAAAUAGUUCGAUUCCUGAAGCGAUGUGACAAGCAAAACGACGAGUUGUGGACCAAGCAGAUUCUGGACGAUUCACUGUACAAGAGUUAAAGACAACCAUGGCAAAAUAUGUCAACAAAAAAUGGGAAGCAUUUGAGACCUCUCAUGAAAGAGAUUUUAUUCAUAGACCCAUCUUACCUCUAUCAAUAAGGCCAAAAACAUCUGUCAGGGUCAUUAGAAAUUCAUACAUACUGGACAAUCCAGUGGGUGCAACUGUAUACAGUGAAGACUUCUGCUCGAGGCCUGUGCCAAAGACGGCUUGCAUAAGAUCUGCAACAGCAUCAGGAAACAGAAGAAAUAACCCGCACCCAAGCAAGGCGUUCAUGAUAUGGGGGCAUUCUGCAGAUCAUAUGAAACAGUUUGAUGGCAGUUCCCCUCUGCAAAUCAAUUUAACUGAGAAGGAAAUUCAAAAGGCUUUAAGUGAUCAGUGCAUGUCGACAUACAAAUCUGACUUUCUUGGAUUACCUCAAGUGAUCAUGAAGAAAAAUGCCUUUAUUGUGCCUUUUAAACACAAUCAAGCUGUCCAUUACUUCACCCAAACUGAAAUGAGACACAACUAUUGCUCACCCAUUAUUAAACCUGAGCUGUUGGGGAACACCACUCGCUAUGGAUGCAAUAAACUGCAUGGUGUAGCGGCAAGGGGAAUUGUUCCUACAGUUGAUCACAGUCACAUCGAUAAACAGGAGCGCAGCAAACUACAGAGCACAUACAAUAAACAUUUUGCAAGAAAAUAUACAGAUGUCUCCUCAGGGCUCAAGUCAGUCUCACCUGAGACUGUUCUGCAGUUUUGUAAGACACUAUCCAAUAAAGAAAAGAAGGAAGUGAAGUCACUACACAUAACCAAUCCCUCUGCUUAUGGAUGCAAACUGGAGAGGAUGUCAGCCUGGCCAGGACCUUUAUGAACAUGCCAUCGUGAACUGUGAAAACACUCAGUCUCUUUAUUGUACAUAUUCAAAUGAUGUGUUUAAUAAUACACUGAAAAAUGUUUAAUAGACAUAACCCUCUACACAGUGGUAAUAACUUCUUUUUUUAGCAAUAGAUUCUCUAUUACAAAAUAGAUUUCAAAAAUAAUGUUAAGUAUUUGUUUAUGGAGAAUAAUGAAUCUCUUGAAAAAUCUAUACUAUAUAAUAAGGCAUGCAAUAUAUUUUUAAGGAUCUUGGCACAAUAAAGGCAUUGGAUACAUACUGUGUAAUGUCUGGUAACCAUUUCAAUGCUAGUCAUUUUGCAGUAGUCGGAUGUGCACAACAAGGUGUGAAAAAGAAACACUAUUUAAAAACCACAGAUAUCUUACUGAAAUACUUUUCAGAAAAGUGAAAAAUUAAGAGCGUCAUGUUAUGGCAAACAGACAUUUCUGCAUUGGAUUGAAUGAGGCUCUUGUUACACUGCAUGCGCAGACACCCCGCUGUGUUUUGUAUAUCAGGUAACCUGAGACUCAGGUGUGCUCUGUCUCUAAGCUCUCUAAGCCAUAGAUCGUGCAGCAAAACAAGCAAGCAGCCUCUAAGGAGAACGAAAGUCACACUGAGAAGACAAGAGUCUCUCUCAGAUCUCUCCCGAUAUGCCACUAGGCAGGAAAAUUCGGGCCUCAUCUGCUGGAGCCCAACUUGAGACCCAUAACAAGCCCAGCUAUUUAGAUGCUGCAGAGAGGAGCCAGCAACUUCCGGAUUGGCUUGAGAGAGAGCUUUUGAGGGAAGAGCCCAGACGACACUCUUAUGCCCUGGGAGAUGAUGCUAAACUCAACAUGCGACAGUUUUACAGAGUGGAUCCUGCUGGCUCCCUCUAUGAGCUCCAGAUUGAACAGAUGGUGUCCAUUAAUGACCUAAAACACAUUAAACAGGCCUUUGACGAGUUUGCAAAGGCUGGCAUUGAUAUGCUGGAUUAUGCUGAAUUUCAAACUGUUAUGAGAAGCUGCCCGAGUUUGAAAACAGUUAAAGAUACUCAAAUUCAGCAUCUAUUCAUGAAGAUCGAUUACACCGGCGAUGGCAAAAUCGAGUGGCAUGAGAUCUGCACAUAUAUAUUCCUGGAGAACAAAAAGAAGGAAGAAACUGUGCAUCGCAGCAAGAUGGCAGCUUUUGUGUUGCCAGCUAUUGUGAAGUUUCUAAACUGUGGGGAGCCACUUUUGAGAAUCCACUUUCCUCCAAAUGGCACAGUUGUGACUCUCAGAGAAGAUGGGCUUGUUAGCUUCUGGACGCCUAAACUUCAUUUGAAGAGCAAGAAGAAUUUGUUUCCUGAACGAUCCAUCACUAGAAGACCAAACUGGGCUACUGAUUUUGUGCUGAUGCCAGAGUAUAACAAACUGAUUAUUGCAACUGGAUCCAGAGAACUCCAGUUUUAUGAGUUUUCCUCUUUGGAGCCUUGUUGUCAGUUGAGUGCACUGGAAACUGUGCCUUUAAAUCUGGAUUACUGCUCUACUCGUCCAGAUGAAUGUGUCAUUGUAUACGGCGAUACUGAGGGCUGUGUGAACAUCCUACUAAUGAAAUCAAUCAGGGAGAAACUGAGAUUGUGGAAAAGAUCACCGCAGGUUGACAACAUCCCAAACAUAAGCAUUGACCAUGCUGUUGAAUCUCCAGAAGUAACAUUUAUCCGAUGGAAAGUCCACCAAGACUGGGUGUCAAAGGUGAAAUAUUUUGAAAGCAUAUCUUCCAUUGUAUCCUCAUCAGCCCAUGAAGAAACUGCCCUUGUUAUAGGUUCCAUUCAUCCAUCAACGUAUAAACAAGAGCAGAUGAGAGGGACGGCAGAAGUGAGUGAUGAAAGGUCUACGAAAGUCACACAGAGAGCAACAUGCAACCAAACAAUCUUUAUCGUUCCUAAAGGGGUUACGACUUUUGACCUGUGUAAAAAUCUAAAUCUUUUGGUCACUGGAGGCAUGGACAAGGUGGUACGGAUGUGGAUUCCUUAUGUGCCUAGAAAUCCAACAGGGAUUUUGAAAGGUCACUCCGCCCCUGUUGCCUACGUCUGUGUCACGUCAGAGAAUGGACACAUUUACUCAGUGUCCACAGACAACACUGCAAAGAUAUGGCAUAUAAAGGACCAGACGUGUCUGUUUACUGCACAUCCAAAUUCAAGUCAAAUCAAGGGAGAACUGUCUGCAUGCAUCUACUCUUCAGCAGCGAAAGGGCUCUACAUUGCCUCAGAUUCAAUCGCUUUACUUUCCCUUAAGACAAAACCACAGCCUAAAGGCAUUCAGAUUGUGUCCCAUAAAGAGCCUGUGUUGUGCUGCGGAUACAGUGAGCAGUUUAGGCAGGUGGUGAGCUGCUCUGAGGGCUCGGUUAUUAAAAUCUGGGAUGUGGAAACCGGAGCUCUAAUAUUUGAAUUUGGAUGCGCUCAUGGAGACUCUGCAAUAACCUGCAUGACCUUUGACACUAGCGGAAGAAGGUUAAUGACUGGUGGGAGAGAUGGCCUCAUUAAGUUGUGGAACUUCAACAACGGCCAGUGUGUGAAGAUACUCAGCAGAGAAGGAAAAUGUCCAGAGAUUUGUGACUGCUCCUAUCUGACACUGCAUGGAAACACAUUUGUGAUUUCUGUUGGUUGGAGCCGCAGGAUUGACAUUUACUUGGACUCCAAAGAGGAAACUCAGUUCAUUCAGAGACCAACACCUUCCUGGCAGGACGACAUGAGGAAUGGACACAAAGAAGAUAUCCUGUGCAUUGCUCACUGCACACCACAUCUCCUGGCCACUGGCAGCUUCGAUGGGGAGAUCAUUGUGUGGAAUGUGGUUUCUGGACGCAUACAGUGUCGCUUCCAGACCCCGCAGUCUCAAAAGAUCAGCAGUUCUCAUGUGCAAAACACGAGUGUGCUAAGCCUCAUCUUCCUAAAGACCAGGGCGUUUGUUCCUGAACUGGCCUCUUCUGCUUGGCUUGUAUCUUCAGGGUCUCGAGGUUAUGUUAAUUUCUGGAGUGUUUUGAAUGGUGGAAAGUUCGUCGCAUCUUUUCAAGCCUCUCACCUUCAGCAGCAGAUCACAAAACUGGCUUUAACACAGGACGACAGCAUGCUUUUUACUGCCGAUCAUGUCGGUUUCAUCUAUGUGUACAAUGUCAAGCAAUACGCAAUGGGGCCUGAACAAAACCCGCCUGAAAAGAUAAACUUCUGGCGCGCACACAUCCGCAGCAUCACAGGCUUAAAGAUAGUUGACAAGGACCAGUUUCUGCUUACCUCCUCCAUGGACUGUUCAGUGCGCCUGUGGAAUAUUCAUGGGGAUUACAUAGGUACUUUUGGUCAAGAGGAGGAUUGGAGGAUUGAAACGCCGUCUUCCUGGAAGCACCCGGCUGUUCCCUACGAGAUCCUCAUUGAUCCCUUGAGCAUGCCUUCUCAUCCAGUACUGGAUGAAGAGAUCAAUCAGUCAGAUGUCUUGAGCUCUGAGAAAAGUGAAAAUGUAAACAAACAGUUGGAUAACCAGACAGACAGUGAUCCUCCAACAAUCCUCAAUGAUAGAGAUAUUGAAGAUGGAAGCAUCAGCUCCUGGUUUCGCUCUGAGCCUGGCAGGAGGCAGCGUCAUGCAAUAUUCAAACAUUUGAACAGAGCAUCAAACAGAACGGGUCUCAAGGACUACAACACUUUGAAGGACUUGGACCUUAUUGUUAUGCCACAAACAUAUAAAAGACCCGAUCUCUCCCUCCGAAAAAUCAAUCCACUCGAAUCCAAGGAUGCAGAUGAAUAGCCGCUUCAAAGUCAUUGUGUUAAAAUGAGGACAAAUACAUGAUAGUAAUAUGAA